AUGGCCCUGCAACAGUUUGCAAAUGAAGUCGAAUUGACUUGGUCAAUUACCGGAGAUCCUGAAAGGACUGUCAUGCCCGUGAUGACGAUUCCUGAACAACUCCCGAAAAUAUGCUCAGGCAGUUAUGCAACUGUCAUCGGACUGAUUGAAAAUCCAAAGAAACUAAACAUUUCUGGGACCGUUACCUUGAAAUUCAAUGUAAAGGGCCAAACCUACACCAUUUCGGCACAUGUUCCUGAGGCAAAGAUGCCGCGCCAGGAGAAGUCCGGUGAGUCGAGUCUACCCUUUCACAUGGAGGCAGCAAUGAUGCAAAUUCUCGAGCUGUCUGACAAACACGCAUCGCUGGAUACGACAAAGGAAGAUCAGUUGGAGGAGGCCGCGCGUAUCCAGAAAAAAAUUGUUGCCUUGUCAACUAGCGCCAACGUGAUCUCCAGAUUCACCGCAUUUGUUGGUGUUGAUCCAGAGAAGUCAGGUGAGUUCCGUCCGCCGUAG